AUGUUAAGAACAAGAGGGGGAUUGGAAGCCACUCAAUAUGUGGAUGUUGAAGAGACGGUUGCGAUUUUUUUGUAUAUUGUAGCAUACGAUGUUAAGAAUAGGGUAGCUCGACGACAUUUUGCAAGGUCUAGUGAAAUAGUGUCAAGACACUUCAAUGUUGUUCUUAAUGCAGUUCUUAGACUCCAUGAAAUCCUUCUUAAGCAACCUGAUCCAGUGACCCAUUCAUGUGCAUUAGAUGGUACAUACAUCAAAGUGAAUGUAAGUAUGAGGGAUCGCCCAAGAUGGGAAGGGUCUGCAUCUGAUUCGAGAGUACUUAGAGAUGCAGUGUCAAGACCUACUGGUAUAAAAGCCCCAAAGGGUUACUACGACUUGUGUGAUGCUAGUUAUCCAAAUACCGAAGGAUUCCUCGCUCUAUACCGAGAGGCGACAUUUGAGGAGCCACAUCCUGGUGAAGGUGAUUCAAGCGAGAUGAACAUUGAGAAUAUAAACUUCAUAGAAACGACUAAUGUCUUGACUGAAUGGAGGGAUGAUCUUGCAAACCAAAUGUUUGAGGAUUGGAAUAAUAUAUGA